AUGUUCAGCUCCAGUUUAAUCCUUCUGCUGAUUUUAACUCUGCAAAGCCAUGAAAGGGUGGUGGAAGGAAUGGAUCAGCGAGCUUAUGACUACACCAAGUACCACAACAUGGAUGAGAUCUCGACGUGGAUGGAGCAGACGGAGAAUGAUCACCCGGGCAUUGUCUCCAGCAUGAUCUUAGGCACGACGUACGAGAAGAGGAACAUUAAGCUAUUAAAGAUCAGCCUGGGCAGCACCGAGCAGAAGAAGAUCAUCUGGAUGGAUUGUGGAAUUCAUGCUCGGGAGUGGAUCGCUCCGGCCUUCUGUCAGCACUUUGUCAAGGAGAUCCUGGGUUCCUACAAAACGGACCCAAAAGUGGGUGAGAUGCUUAAAAACCUGGUCUUCCACCUCACGCCGGUCCUGAACAUGGACGGAUAUGUUUACUCGUGGAAGGAUAACACGACCAGAUUAUGGAGGAAGAGCAGAUCACCGGGCUCAGGUAACUGUACGUGUAACGGGACUGAUCUGAACCGGAACUUCUACGCUAACUGGGGAAUGGUCGGCAUUUCCAGAAACUGCUGUUCUGAGAUCUAUAACGGACAAACGCCUCUGUCUGAGCCCGAAGCACAAGCGGUGACGGACUUCCUCAGCACAAACCGAGACCAAAUGCUCUGCUACCUCACCAUCCACUCUUAUGGCCAGCUGAUCCUGGUGCCUUACGGACACCCCAACAUAUCGGCGCCCAAUUACGAUGAACUGAUGGAAGUGGGUUUGGCAGCAUCGAAGGCCAUCAAAAAAGUUCAUGGGAUGGAAUACAGAGUGGGGUCGCCACCCAACGUCCUGUACCCUAACUCGGGCUCAUCGCGUGACUUUGCGCGUCUCAUUGGGAUCCCGUUCUCCUUCACGUUUGAGCUGCGGGAUAAAGGUCAGCACGGCUUUGUGCUUCCUGAAGAGCAGAUCCAGCCUACCUGUGAAGAAGCAUACCAGGGUGUGUUGUCCAUCCUCACAUACGUACAUGAUACAACCUUCACCCACUCAGGAGCUACCAGCGUGACUGCUACAAUGUGGAGUGUGAUCGUAAUAGCAUGGCUCUCUAGCGCCACCUUUUGA